GAGUGAUAGCGGCGCUCCUUGGGUGCUGUGGCUCACGCUUUGGUACUACAGGCCGAGACUGUUCUGGCGACGGCGACCUCUGCGGCGACGGCUCACGUUCUCGGAGUAGCAGAGUACGGUCUGGAGGAGGGGCUUCUGGUCAGCCCAGGUUCUAUCAUAAUGAAUGGAUCCAGUGUGGCAAAUACUUCACCCAAUAUAAAAUCCAAAGAGGACCAGGGAUUAAAUGGGCAUGAUGAGAAGGAAAACCCAUUUGCAGAGUACAUGUGGAUGGAGAAUGAAGAGGAUUUCAACAGACAGGUGGAAGAGGAGCUACAGGAGCAAGAAUUCUUGGACCGCUGCUUCCAGGAGAUGCUGGACGAGGAAGACCAGGACUGGUUUAUUCCAUCGCGAGACCUGCCUCAGGCCAUGGGACAGUUGCAACAACAGUUAAAUGGACUGUCAGUCAGUGAUGGUCAUGAUUCUGAAGAUAUUUUGAGCAAAAGUAACCUGAACCCGGAUGCCAAGGAAUUUAUUCCAGGAGUGAAGUACUGAGCUGACAGAAAGCUUUGAGGAGAACUUGUACGUCCCCACAUCUGGGGACAGCGCUGCACAAAAAGGC